AGCCUCUGGAGCUGAACUCACUCCACAUUUCAGUGCUCGUAGUCAGAGCAAGUGGGUUGUACGGAUCGGAACGGAACGGAACGGAACUGCAAGACCCCAGCGCGUCGAUCCGCCAGAACUUACCGAGAAUAAACGGAGGAUAGUUCAGGGAGCGUCGGCGCGGCUGAGGGGAGCGGACCGGGGUUCAUGGAAACGACAUGUAUCUGGAAACGCGGCGGCGGACUUUAACAUAGUUUGACCCGAGGAGAGGAGAAGUGAGAUCAACAUGCUCCCCCCGAUGCUGCUCUCCCUCCUGCCUCUUCUCUGCCUCUGUCGGAUUUCUUUUUGCCAAUAUUCGAGCGACCAGUGCAGCUGGAAGGGGAGUGGUCUGACUCAUGAGGGCCACGCCAGGGACGUGGAGCAGGUGUACUUGCGUUGCUCCCAAGGUUCAUUGGAGUGGCUUUACCCCACGGGCGCCAUCAUCGUCAACCUCCGACCCAACACCGUGUCACCGGCUGUGGCCAAGCUCUCGGUCUGCAUCAAACCCACCACAGAAUCCAGCGGGACCAACAUCUACCUGGACCGCAUGGGGAAGCUGCGGCUGCUGCUGCACGAAGAGGACCAGGCUCAGGGAAAGGUGCUCUGCUUCGGGAUUCAGGAGGGAGCGCUGUUCAUCGAGGCCGUCCCGCACAUGGACAUCAGCAGACGCAUCACGGCGUUCCAGUACGAGCUGGUCAGCGACAGACUGGGGGCGGAUAAACGAUUAACGGGUGGACCCUGUCAGCCCUGCAGUGAUUCUGAGAUGCUUUUAGCAGUUUGCACCAAUGACUUUGUUGCACGGGGCAUCAUCAGGAAGGUGGAGCAGGAAGAGGAGUAUUCAUCGGUCACUGUGGAGAUUAGCCGCCUCUACAGACAGAAGACCCAAGUGUUUGCAUCUGGGGGUGUGAGGGUACGGACCUGGACUGGCAAAAUCAAGAUGCCCCACCAGUGUAGAGUGAAGGCUGGUGAGGGGGAUUUUCUUUUCACUGGGACUGUCAGGUUUGGUGAGGCGUGGAUGGGCUGUGCACCACGAUACAAAGACUUCCUACGGUUGUACAAUGAAGCUCAGCAUCAGCAGACCAACCCCUGUCAGGUGGACACUGACUGACCGGGUUAGGCGCACAUGACCGGAGAUGGGACGAGUACUCGGUGAGCAGAGACAGACUAGCCUGUGGAAGAGCCUCUGUCCUCUCCUGCUGUCUGGUGACUCUUCGGAGACAGAAACUGGAACUCCUGAAUGUUGCCAAGCAACGUGCGAACGUGAUGCAACGUGGAAUGUGUUCGGACUGCUUUACCCGCAGCUGAAGAACUCCCAAGUUUUAAAUGUAGCAGACGACGAUUGGUUUUUAAUGUGUAUAAAAUGUGAAUGAAUGUUGUAUAUUUUGAAGCUCCACAUGCUUUGUAAAAAAGCUCGAUGUACAGUUGUGAAGUUUUUCUUAUGACAGAAAUGUGUAAAUUGAAAGGUUUUUAUUUUUAUUUUGUUAAAAAAAAUCAUUUGCAAUGUUAAGGCCUGAGUUUUUGUGCUUUUCAGGCUGUUCAGUAAAAACAAAAACAAAACAGACAAACCAAAAAAAAACAAAAUCGUUCUUUUUACCCUUGAGAAUAAAAGCUUUUAUUCCUUGGAAA